AUGUGCUACCAUGAUUUAUCGCUCAACGAUUUCAUCGAGAGGGCACAAAAGCGUACCUCGUUCCCACACGCAUUCAAGAUCGCCUUGCUGAUUUCUGCCUGCUAUGUUUUGUUCCACUGGAACGCCUGCGUUUACUUUCUGUUCAGUCUUGCUGAAGGGUUAUCAGAAGACGAUACUAAUGCGUUUGGAUUUUCCUACUACAAAGUAUUCGAUCCACGGAUACCCACAUGUUCUGUGAGUUCUUCAUAUCAUCGACCUCUUUAUCAUAUUUUUGAGUUAUCAUUGGAUUCUGUUGCAGGUGUUCAACGACCAAAAUUGUCAAUUCCCAGAAAAUUUCACUCUUUGGACAUUGAUGAUUAUCGACCGCGAUAUAUGCAGGAAAUGUACGAGUUUUGGGCUGGAAAAUUUGUAAAAUGGGAGAUGGGCAACUUCUCGCGUGAAUAUAGUAUGAGCAUCUACUGGUCGGCUCUUACCAUUACCACUUGCGGUCAACAGCCGUAUCCAUCAAGAUCAUCGCAGAAUAUGCUCGAGGUGAUCGACACUUUGAUAGGUGUGCUAGUGUUCGCUACAAUUAUUGGUGGUGUCGGUAAUGUUGUGACGCAUAUGAAUGAAGAAGUUUACGAAUUCCGCCAAAAAAUGGACGGAAUCAAAUUCUACAUGAAAUAUCGGAUGGUGACACCAGCUAUUCAGGAAAGAGUUAUCUCAUGUUUCACCUACAUGCAUUCUCAGCAUCAAUUAAACGAUGAAAAGGAGCUGCUAGAAGUGCUGCCACCUAGACUGCAAGGCCAAAUUGCCGUUAACCUCCACAUGGACACACUCAAGAAAGUGGAACUAUUCAAGCAGUGCAGUGCUGGCUUCCUCUAUGAAGUGGUGCUGCGAAUCAAGCAGCAAAUUUACAGCCCAAAUGACUACCUUUUUAGGGCCGGUGAACGCGCGAAGGAGAUGUUCAUAGUCAAACGUGGAACACUGCGUGUAAUUGACGAAGAGAAUGGAACACCUGCUAUGACUCUCACCGAUGGUGCGACCUUCGGCGAGAUGUCAGUAAUUCUGAUCGAUGGAAAUCAACUGGGCAGUCACCGCGCUGUGUCCCUUCGAUCUGAAGGAUACUCAGACGUUUACAUUUUAAAUCAAGACGAUGUGUCAACGAUCUUGCAAGAGUAUCCAACUGAUCGCGAACGACUUCUGGCUAAU